CUUAGCGGUUCUUCUAUUGGUCCCUAGAGUAAGAGGCGGGGACGAAGUGGCAGCUCGCGAAGUAGUCGAGAUGGAGGGCUUCGUGUCGAACGUGGAAGUCUGCAACCUGGCCUAUAACGGAAAGUUGGAGCAGCUGAAGGAAAAGGUUCUGUCGGACAAAUCCCAGGCCAUCAAGAUUGACCAGGAUAACCGGACCGCAUUACAUUGGGCAUGCUCAGCAGGAUGCACAGACAUCGUUAACUUCUUGCUCAAUCUUGGAGUGCCAGUGAAUGAUAAAGAUGAUGCAGGUUGGUCCCCUCUUCAUAUUGCUGCCUCUGCUGGCCGAGAUGAGAUUGUGAAGGCUCUUCUGGGAAAAGGCGCUCAAGUGAAUGCUAUCAAUCAGAAUGGGUGUACUCCACUGCAUUAUGCAGCAUCCAAAAAUAAGCAUGAGAUUGCUAUCAUGUUAUUAGAAGGAGGUGCUAAUCCAGAUGCUACUGACCAUUUGGAGUCCACUCCAUUGCACCGGGCCUCGGCCAAGGGAAAUCUGAAGAUGAUCCAAGUCCUUCUGCAGUAUAAGGCCUCCACAAACAUCCAAGACUCUCAGGGGAACACUGCUUUGCAUUUAGCUUGUGAUGAGGAAAGGAUUGAAGAAGCAAAACUACUGGUGGUCCGAGGAGCAAGUAUCUACAUUGAGAACAAAGAAAAGAAGACUCCUUUGCAGGUGGCAAAAGGCAGCCUUGGCUCAGUGCUCAAGAGAUUGGUGGAAAACUAGCCUGGCCUAAUGCAUAGUCAGAUCUGCUUUGCGGCUGCUUUCUUUGACCAUUGUUGUUUUAGCAUUACCUAUUUUUCUGGAAACUGAUAAGCUUGUGCUCAAGACCACGAUGUUAUUUGUUAAUGAUUUAUGGAAAUAAAGGUUUUACUAUUUCAGGA